AUGCUCAGCGCCCCCCGCACCACUGCUGCCCGCCUCACCGGAGUCGCCUCCUGGGGCCCCGCUGCCGGCCUCUGCCAAGAUGGCUGGAAUGGUCUUAGUCAUGAGGCUUUUCGAAUCAUUUCAAGACAAGACUAUGCAUCUGAGGCAAUAAAAGGAGCCGUGAUUGGUAUUGACUUGGGUACAACUAACUCCUGUGUGGCAGUAAUGGAAGGGAAACAAACAAAGGUGCUGGAGAAUGCUGAAGGUGCCAGAACUACUCCCGCAGUUGUAGCCUUCACAGCAGACAAUGAACGCCUUGUUGGCAUGCCUGCCAAACAACAGGCUGUCACCAACCCAAACAACACAUUCUAUGCUACCAAGCACCUCAAUGGCCAUCGAUUUGAGGAUCCUGAAGUACAGAAAGACAUUAAAAAUGUUCCUUUCAAAAUUGUCCAUUCCUCUAACAGUGAUGCCUGGGUAGAAGCCCAUGGGAAGCUAUUCCCCAGUCAGACAGGUGCAUUUGAGUUGAUGAAGAUGAUGGAGACUGCAGAAAACUAUCCAGGACAUUCAGCAAAAAAUGCCGUUAUCACUGUGCCUGUUUAUUUCAAUGAUUCUCAGUGACAGGCCACCAAAGAUGUUGGGCAAAUAUCUGGCCUAAAUGUACUUCAAGUGAUUAAUGAGCCUACAGCUGCUGCCUUGGCUUAUGGCUUAGACAAAUCUGAAGACAAAAUCAUUGCUGGGUAUGACUUAAGUGGUGGAACUUUUGAUAUUCCUAUCCUGGAAAUUCAGAAAGAUGUCUUUGAGGUGAAAUCUACCAAUGGGGAUACUUUCCUAGGUGGUGAAGACUUUGACCAGGCCUUGCUCCAGAACAUUGUGAAGGAGUUCAAGAGAGAGACAGGACUUGACCUAUCCAAUAUGGCUCUUCAGAGAGUAUGGGAGGCCUCUGAGGAGGCCAAGUGUGAGCUUUCUUCUUCUGUGCAGACUGACAUCAAUUUACCAUAUUUGACUAUGGAUGCUUCUGGGCCCAAGCGCUUGAACAUGAAGCUAACUCAAGCUCAGUUUGAGGGCAUUGUCAAUGAUCUCAUCAGGAGGACUAUUGCCCCAUGCCAGAAGGCCAUGCAAGAUGCUGAAGUCAGCAAGAGUGACAUUGGAGAAGUCAUCCUAGUUGGUGGCAUGAACAGAAUGCCCAAGGUUCAGCAGACAGUACAAGAACUCUUUGGCUGGGCCCCUAGUAAAGCUGUCAAUCCUGAUGAAGCCGUGGCUAUUGGAGCUGCUAUUCAGGGAGGUGUCUUAGCUGGUGAUGUCACAGAUGUGCUGCUUCCGAAUGUCACUCCCCUUUCUCUGGGCAUAGAGACAUUAGGAGGUAUCUUCACCAAACUAAUCAAUAGGCACACAACUAUUCCAACUAAGAAGAACCAGGUGUUUUCUACAGCUGCUGAUGGUCAGACACAAGUGGAAAUUAAAGUGUGCCAAGGAGAGAGAGAAAUUGUUUCGGACAACAAACUUCUUGGACAGUUUACUUUGAUUGGAAUUCCACCAGCCCCACGUGGGGUUCCACAGAUUGAAGUCACAUUUGACAUUGAUGCUAAUGGGAUUGUACAUGUUUCCGCCAAGGAUAAAGGCACAAGACAUGAACAACAAAUUGUGAUUCAGUCUUCUGGUGGAUUAAGCAAAGAUGACAUUGAGAAUAUGGUUAAGAAUGCAGAGAAGUACUCUGAGGAAGACAGGAGGAAGAAAGAAUGUGUAGAAACUGUCAAUAUGGCAGAAGGAAUUAUUCACGAUACUGAAACAAAGAUGGAAGUUCCAUCAGAUGAGUGCGAUAAACUAAAAGAAGAAAUCUCUAGGAUGAGAGAGCUCCUGGCUCACAAAGAUAGUGAAACAGGGGAAAAUAUUGGGCAGGCAGUGUCUACUCUCCAACAAGCAUCAUUAAAGCUCUUUGAAAUGGCUUAUGAAAAGAUGGCAUCUGAGAGAGAAGAAUCCGGAAGUUCUACUUCCAGAAAGGAAGAUCAGAAGGAGGGGAAGCAGUAA